AUGGCCACAGACACAGAGCUGGAGAGGAGUAAGUUUGAAAAAUAUUGGUCUGAGUUAGAAAACUCUGUGAGCCAAGUCCUUGGAAUCGCAUCACACCAAAGCAAACAGCUCCCCCACCCUGCCAGGACAAGCCAAAUAAUCUCCCAUUUUCCUGCAAGUUUCUACACCAGCCAUGCCAGCGGUGCCCUCAGGCUGCUGAUCCCGUCUGCUCCCACAGGCUGUGCCAUGAUCUCGGCUGUGCUGCUCCUCUGGACCGUGCCCUGCGUGGCAAACCACAUCCUGGGGGGCUUUGCCAAGCGGCAGCUGCAGGACGGUGCCCAGCUGGCCUGCAGCCUGCCCGGGCCCCCCGGGCCCCCCGGGCCCCCCGGCCUGCCCGGCACCCCCGGCACCGUGGGCAGGAUGGGCUUCCCGGGCAAGGACGGCAAGGACGGCCAGGACGGCGACAAGGGCGAGCACGGCGAUGAAGGUGCCCAGGGCAGAACAGGAAACCCUGGCAAGCCAGGCCCGAAGGGGAAAGCGGGAGCCAUUGGCAAGGCCGGGCCCCGCGGGCCCAAGGGUUUCAAGGGCAGUCCCGGGCAAAGCGGGGCCCCGGGGAAGAAGGGGCCCAAGGGGAGCCGGGGCCAGGCCGGGCUGCCCGGGCCCUGCAGCUGCGGGGCCAGCAGGGCCAGGUCUGCCUUCUCGGUGGCCGUGUCCACCAGCUACCCCCGCGAGAGGCUGCCCAUCAAGUUCGACAGGAUCCUGAUGAACGAGGGAGGGCACUACAACGCUUCCAGCGGCAAGUUCAUCUGCAGCAUCCCAGGGAUUUACUACUUCACCUACGACAUCACCUUGGCCAACAAGCACCUGGCCAUCGGCCUGGUGCACAACGGGCAGUACCGGAUCAAGACUUUCGAUGCCAACACUGGGAAUCACGACGUGGCCUCUGGAUCCACCAUCUUGGCACUGAAGCAGGAGGAUGAGGUGUGGCUGCAAAUCUUUUACUCAGAGCAAAAUGGGCUCUUCUAUGAUCCCUACUGGACAGACAGCUUAUUUACUGGAUUCUUGAUUUAUCCUGACCAAGAUUAUCUCAAUGAAGUGUAGGAGGAGAAAUCAUUAGGAAAAAAAUAGGAAAUGGGCCUCAGUCCAAUGAAAUGGGGCCUUACAUGGGACAUGCCUGGGAUUAUCAGAUGAUUCCACAUUUGCCUAUGGGAUUAUCAGCUGAUUGCACCCUGUAUGGACUAUCGAGACUUUUCCACAGGGUACCAGGCCUUCAGCAGCCUCAUGAAUGUCUCCAUCCCAAAGCCAUCCAUUAUGUAUUCCAUGAUUAUUCAUUCCAACAUGCCAUGGACAUGUAACUCAAAUACUGGUGCAGAAUGCUUUG